AUGCCGAGAAACCUGUUCGGUUUUGGUCAGUCCACCAAUGCUGCAAGGUCUGCUAGAAACCACAACAAUUUGCCAAUCUCCACUACAGCUUUUCACGAGAUUUCCAAUGUUGCUUGCAUCAAGGAAGAGAGAAAGGUUCUCCUUGAAUUCAAGCAUGACCUUAUAGACCCUUUGUCUGUGCUCGACUCUUGGCUUGGGGAAGACUGCUACAGGUGGAAUGGCAUAGUUUGCAACAAUCAAACAGAUAACGUCAUCGAGCUUCUUCUUUCACAUAAACAAAUCUCUGGUAAACUUUCAAUGUCAAUAGGAAGUCUUUCACAUAAUUUGGAGACCUUGAACCUUUCCAUCAACUCAAUCUCUGGUGCACUUCAAACAUCAAUUGGAAAUCUUUCACCUUUGACAUUUCUUGUACUUGAUCUCCAGUCGACUUCCAACAUCAAUAGGAAAUCCGUCACAUUUGGUGACCUUGGACCUUUCCAACAACACAGUCCUCGGUCCACUUCCGACAUCAAUUGA